CAAAUGAUUCAGUAUUAAUGUCAAGUAUUAUAACAAAAAAACUAGAUUUAUCACUUACUAACAAAACAUUAAUUAUUUUUUCACUUAUUAUAACUCUAUGUGGUUUAUAUUAUUUUAUUAUUUAUAAUAAAACAUCAUCAUCAACAAUAACCUAUCUUAUUUCAUCAUUAAGACCAUCAUCAUCAGAACAACUUAAUCCUAAUCAAUGUCAAUUAUCUAUGAAAGAAUCUGAUAAUUGGUUUUGUGAAUUAGAUUCUGAUUGGAAACGUCGAAAAAGACUUCAUCAUAUACAAGAUAAACGUAAUCGUUUCUCCGAUGCACGUCCAUUAUUUUUUCAAAAUAAUUGGGAACCAACAAUACAAUGUGAAUUUGAACGACGUCUUGGAAAUAUUGGUGAUGGAGGAAAAUGGAUUUGUGAUAUACAUUGUUUUGGACCUAUGAAUACUACAAAUAUACUUGUUUAUUCAUUGGGUUCUAAUGGUGAUUUUAGUUUUGAACGAGCAAUUAAAGGAUUAUUUUCAAAGGCAGAAAUUCAUACAUUUGAUUUGGGAGUGUAUAAAUGUCCUGAAAAUGUUUGUAUAUUUCAUCAAGUUCGUUUAGGUAGUGGAAAAAAAUGA